UGUGGAGAAAUAAUUGAAACUAAAUUAAGAAAGAAAAGCUAAGAUUAGAAUUUGAAAAAGUUAUCAACAACAGUAUAUCCCAUUGAAUAGUAAAAUCAGUUUUCUCCUUGUUCUCUGGUGUUUUGACAGUUCAAAUACGCAAGUAAAUGUAAUCUCUCUCUCUCUAGAUUUGGAAGAGAUUAAUUUUCGGAUAAACAUCGCCACCUAAAAAAAAGUUAGUAAUUAAUCUCUUAUAUAUACCUAUUCAAGAAUUACUAUGGCAAACCAAAAUUUAAGAUUUUGAUUGCAUGGUUCAUUUGAUUUUGAUAUCCCCUGUUCUGCUCUAGAGGUAAAUCCAAGGAGUGAGAGAAACACAUCAUAAAGGAAAACUCGGUAUUUGCGAUUAAUACAGGCUGUAUAGAUCUUGUUUAAUUGUCGUUUCUCAAGUUUGGCCACGAUGGUGGAGGGCGGAGCUACAAAACUCGAUAAAGCAGAGUUUUCAGAAUGUUGGCAAAUGUCAUGGAGACAACCUUACAUUCUGCGUCUCGCCUUUUCUGCUGGCAUUGGAGGACUUCUCUUUGGUUAUGAUACAGGAGUUAUCUCUGGUGCCCUUUUGUACAUUCGUGAUGACUUCCGCUCUGUUGAUAAGAGUACAUUUUUACAAGAAACUAUUGUUAGUAUGGCCGUAGUAGGGGCCAUAUUUGGUGCAGGAAUUGGUGGUUGGAUGAAUGAUGCUUGGGGACGAAGAAAAUCAAUUUUGAUUGCUGAUUUCUUGUUUUUUAUUGGUUCAGUAGUCAUGGCUAUAGGUCUAUGGCCUUGGUUGAUCAUUCUUGGAAGGGUAUUCGUGGGGUUAGGAGUUGGAAUGGCUUCCAUGACCUCACCUCUUUACAUAUCCGAAGCUUCUCCUGCUAAAAUCAGAGGUGCCCUAGUUAGCACAAAUGGUUUGCUUAUUACAGGAGGUCAAUUUUUGUCUUACCUUAUCAAUUUGGCCUUCACUCAGGUUAAAGGAACUUGGCGUUGGAUGCUUGGAAUUGCGGGGGUUCCAGCUCUAGUUCAGUUUGUAUUAAUGCUAUCACUUCCUGAAUCUCCUAGGUGGCUUUACCGGAAGGGAAGGACAGAGGAAGCAGUUGCAAUACUGAGUAAAAUUUACCCUGCUCAUGAGCUUGAUAAUGAGGUUGAUGCCUUGAGGAUGUCUGUUGAAGCUGAAAUUGCCGAGGAAGGUUCAAUUGGCGAGGGUAGUAUCUUUGCUAAGAUAAAAACCGCCUGGACUACUCCUGUGGUGAGAAAAGGGCUUAUUGCUGGUAUUGGUUGUCAAGUUGCUCAACAAUUUGUAGGUAUCAACACUGUUAUGUAUUACAGCCCUACUAUAAUUCAGUUGGCUGGCAUUGCUUCAAACCAAGCAGCUCUCGCACUUUCUCUCACGACGUCUGGCUUAAAUGUGGUUGGUACUAUCAUCAGCAUUAGCGUUAUAGAUAAAUAUGGAAGGAGGAAAUUGAUGAUUGUCAGCAUGAUCGGUAUUAUAGUGUUUCUUUUUGGAUUAACUGCCAUGUUCAAAGUAGCCUCCCUAAAUUCUCCUCCAGUGGGUAAAUUGGAGACCACCCAUUUUGCCAACAGCACGUGUCCGGCUUAUAUGACAGCGCCAGCAGCAGGAUCAUGGGACUGUGUUAAAUGUUUAGAUGCUUCUGUAGGCUGUGGGUUUUGUGCUGACAAGGAAAACAGGCGUAAUCCCGGUGCAUGUUUGACUUCGAAUCCAAUUGGGGGAGAAGUAUGUAAAGGAGAACGCCGUACGUGGUACGCCCGAGGAUGCCCUAGUGGAAAUUAUGCAUAUCUUGCGAUUGCAAUGCUGGUAGCUUACAUUUUAGUGUAUGCACCUGGGAUGGGAACUGUUCCAUGGAUUGUGAACUCGGAGAUUUACCCAUUGAGAUUUAGAGGUGUUUGCGGAGGAAUGGCUGCAGUUUCAAAUUGGGUUUCUAACUUCAUUGUUAGCAUGUCAUUUUUGAGCUUAACUAAAGCUGUAGGUUCUGCUUACACAUUUAUGUUGUUCGGAUUAAUAUCUUGCGUUUCACUGGUGUUCAUCAUUUUGUUUGUUCCGGAAACAAAAGGAAUGCAGUUUGAAGAGGUAGAAAAAAUGUUAGAGAAGAGGAGCUGGAAGGUUUGGAAGAAAUCCGAUGAACAUCCCGUCCAGAAAUGAUUUCACUAAGAAGUAUAAACCUUUGACAAAAAAUCAAACAAACACCUCUGUGUCCAUUUUAAUUAUUCACUUAUCCAUGAAUGGCCGGUCAUGUGGGUUGCAGGGUUUUUGACUGCACAUAUCCAUGACCUUUUUAGUAUGGUUGAGUGUGUUAUCAAGUCUAACAACAAUUUUGUCAUAA